CCGUUUAACGACAUAGAUCGUUGUUUGAAAAUGGCGUCCAAAACAAGACCAGCGAGUGAAAAUUGCCUUAGAAAGAUAUCAAAACCGGUUAUCAGCACAGAUGUUAUGGGAAACAGAAAUGUUGAAGUCAGAGCCGUUGGUGCGUGGGUACAGCCAGCCAUUUCUGCUCACUCCGAAGGCGUUACUGCAGCGUAUGAGGAAGACGCGAGAAUUAAAAGGAUGCAACAGGAAAAGGAAGCCAGACUACAGAGAUUUAAAGAUGAUGUUAAAAGCCGUGUAAGAUUAAUGGAGAAGGCAAGAAAACAGCAAGAAAUUGAAAAAAGUUACAGAGCUAUUGAGCACGAAAGAAAAGUUGUCAGACAGAGUGCCUUUUCAAAGGAAAACAUGCUCCCAAGGAAAGAUAACUGUAUUGUACAGCGGAAUCAUGCCCUGACGAUCAAACAGCGAAAUACAUCUUCAUCUUUUGCUGAGGAACUUAAGGAUUCUACAAAUAAAGCUUUUCAAGAUCAGACAAACCAGAUACACAAAUUCACAACACAGGCUCGUAAAAAACUCAGCUCUAAGCAGGUGAUCACAGAAGAUUUCAUACCAGAUGACUUACCUGGUGGUGUCUGGAAAGUGUCUAGGACAAGAGAUCAUCCAUCGUCACGACAAACCAUGGAACCAACUGUGAUUGAAUUAGAUGAUGAAGACGAGAAUGAAGGGUGGUCAUCUCAAACAGAUCAGCCAAAAAUUGUCAUUCCAACAGGAAGUCAAGACUUUGAUGAAAACAUAGAAAAAAUGCAGCAAAUGAAGAUGGUUCAUUUUGAUUUGGAACCAAGCAAGGAUGAAUCGAGGCAGGAAAGAAUAUCAAGAAAAACCAUUACAACAAUAAGUGGUACCCAGAUCAACAGAAACAUCCCACAUAUACCAAAUAUUUAUAUGGGAGUGCAGUCAGAAGAAGAGAAGCAGCGGCUCAGGAGCCAACAAGCAACCUAUAGACGUCUGUUUAUGGACAUAGAGAGAGAACAAGUGAAAGAAAACCUAAAACGCAAAGAGCACAGGAAACGUAUACAAAGGUUGAAGAAGGAAAAGGAAGAGGAGAGAAGAGAAGAAGAGGAGAGAUCUCGUCGUUUUGUUGAGCCACGAGACCCUGUCACUGGAGAAACCUCACUCCAGGCCUUAACAAGGGAAAUAGAAGAACAGGAGCAGGUAAAGGAAACACUGAGGCAGAACCAACUAAGGCUGAAGAAACUUCGUGAAAUGGACAGGUUUGUGGAGGCGCUGAGAGCACAGCUCCGAGAGAAAAUUGAACUUAAAGGAAUCCAGUUACCUCCCCUUUGUUGCUGUGGCAACACGGUGUGGGAUACCAACCCAGAAACGUGUGCUAACAACUGUGUAUUCUACAAAAAUCCUAGAGGUUUUGCCAAAGCUCUGCAGUCACUACUGAUUUCUUGUGACGUGUCCUGACAAGGAAAGAUGGUCAAGACCACUUAGUCAUCACUAUUUAAAAUCUCACCACACAACAUUCAGUUAGCGUGUAUGGCAUGAACAUGGAUGGAUCCAUCUAUUUAACCAAUGUAUUGAAGGAAUUAUUUCUCCAUUCUUCUUCACCACUGUUCUAUAUAAGGAUUAGUGUGUGGAGGUCUGUUUCAGUGGAGAGAAUGAUCAAUGUCCAUUUCAGUGGAGAGAAUGAUCAGUGUCCAUUUCAGUCGACUCAUGGUCAACGUUCCUUUCAGUGGAGGGCAUGAUCAAUAUUCAUUUUAUUGGAGGGAAUCAUCAACAUCCAUUUCAGUGGAGGGUAUCAUCAACAUCUAUUUUAGUGGAGGGAGUGAUUAAUAUCUGAUUCAGUAGAGGGAACUGUCAAC